CAGGCCCCACCCCCGGCGCCGCGCUACUUCCGGAAAUGGCGGUGUGAUGGCGGAGCUGCAGAGCUCGGGGCCCGUGAGCGGGAACAGCGCGGACUCCCUCGGGCUCGGCGAUAAACCCGGCAACAAAUGGGUGCGGCUGAACGUGGGCGGAACUUAUUUUAUCAGCACCAAACAAACCUUGUGCCGCGACCCCAAAUCCUUCCUGUGCCGCCUGUGUCAGGAGGACCCGGACCUAGACUCGGACAAGGAUGAAACUGGUGCCUAUCUCAUCGACAGAGACCCGAGUUACUUUGGCCCGAUCCUCAACUACCUUCGACAUGGCAAACUAAUCAUUAACAAGGAUUUGGCAGAAGAGGGGGUGCUGGAGGAGGCAGAGUUCUAUAACAUUGCCUUACUUGUCCGAUUGGUCAAAGAACGUAUUCGGGAUUUGGAGAAUAGGACCUCACAGGGUCCAGUGAAACAUGUUUACCGCGUCCUACAGUGUCAGGAGGAGGAACUCACACAGAUGGUUUCUACGAUGUCGGACGGAUGGAAAUUUGAGCAGCUCAUUAGUAUUGGAUCCUCCUACAACUAUGGCAGUGAAGAUCAGGCUGAAUUUCUCUGCGUUGUCUCCAGGGAACUGAAUAACUCAACUAAUGGGAUUGUCAUCGAACCUAGUGAAAAAGCCAAGAUUCUGCAAGAGCGAGGCUCAAGGAUGUGACAUUGUUGAUCAGAAUUGCUGUUUACAUUCCUUAUGAAGAGGAAUCCUCCGUCUGUUGAGGGCACCAACCCUUUGCCAUCCUCUGACACUGGCCUCGACACUUUCAGCUCACAUGGGCCUCCCAAGAUUUGAGGGCUCGUUUUACUGAGAAAUCAACCUCUCUGCCUUUCACCUGAAGCCUAUGAGAGGCCCACAGCACUUCUCUGAAAAAUUAAUUGUUAAGGCUGCCAAAUCUCCCUGUGAUAUUGUUUGUUGUGUAAUAUGUAUAUAUUCAGCCAAUGCAUUUACUUGGCUUUAACAGACCUGUGAUAUUGCUUGUUCCUUGAUGACUAGGAAGCAGAGCCCCAUUAAUUUCAGUGUGUAUGCUCAGUGAAGGUUCUCUUGUGUUCUUCCUGUGGAGCAUUGUGUGCAUGGAUUCCACUCAAUGAAUAUAGGGCUGGUUUCUUGGGAGGGCCGGGAUACGGUAUUGUAAUUAUUGCAUAAGCACUGAAUGAAGUGAUUCAGUAAUUCAUGUUGUCAUUUUUUUCCUCCUGCAUUGGAUGACUACUUUUCUGAAAAUGUGAUGAUUAAACCACUCAGUAUUGUCAUUAGGCAUUCACUGGA